AUGGAACAAUCAGACGCCGGAAUAAGCGGCCAAGUGAUAUCUGCACCUCCAGUACAGCAGAGUCAUGAUAUUGAACUUGAGACAGUAACAAAAGCUGAGCAAAAUUCAUCAUCGAAAGAUGCGGAAGCGUUGCAAGUUGAUGAAGGCAGGCAGCCAAAGCAGAAAAAGUCUGUGGCCUUCAAAUUGGCUUUCAUAGGUUUGUCUGCUACACUUUUCGUGUUCCAAGUAGAUGCAACAGCACUUGGCAUUGCAUUGCCGACAAUAGCCAAUGACCUCAAAGGUUCGAGUCUAGAGUCUUUCUGGGCCAAUCUAUCCUAUACACUAUGCGGCCUUGUGAUGCAACCGGUAUGGGCAAGCAUAUCAGACGCAUUCGGCCGAAAACCACCACUCUACGUCUGCAUUGGGCUAUUUUUUAUCGGAUCAAUUACCUUUGCUGUUGCUCAGAACAUGAAAACGAUAAUCGUGGGCCGUGUACUCCAGGGUUUUGGCGGCGGUGGAAUCGAUGUUCUUAUUCAGGUCAUCCUCGCUGACAUGACAACUCUCGAGGAACGAUCAAAAUACUUGGGUUUGAUGGGUAUUCCAAAUGCAGUGGGCAAUGUUCUUGGACCAUCUGUGGGUGCUUUGUUUUCUACGUACGUCACUUGGCGAUGGAUCGGAUGGAUCAAUCUCCCCAUUCUUGGGUUUGGAACACCUUUGGUCUUCUUCUUUCUCAAGUUACGGCCUGUCACGGUGGACGCAUCGCUUGUCAGCAACAUCGAACGCCUUGACUGGGUUGGAAUGGGUCUCGUUGUCUCCGGCAUCACUGUCUUUGUGUUGCCGCUCAGUUGGGCCGGCUCCUUGUUUCCGUGGGCCGCAUGGGAGACCUUGGUUCCUAUGAUCCUGGGUGUCUUGGUGCUUGUCGCUUUCGUCUUUUAUGAAGCGAAGCCUGCGGCACCAAUCAUGCCCCAUCGGCUGUUCCAUUCCAUCACUGCCAGCAUGACGUUGCUUGGAGGCUGUGUAUCUGGAAACGCCGAUCAAGUCAGCUGUCUUCCUGUUGCCAACGUCUAUCAUUAG